AUUUCGCAUUUGGGAUAGUUUGUAAAAACCUUCAUAUUAAAUAUUUUGAGAUUGAGCAACAUCCCAAAGAGUUUAAUUUUAUAUUGUCCUCGUAACACUGAAAAUUGUCACAUUAAUUAAGAUAUUUUCAAUAAUUUUGUUGAUAUCAUUAUCCUUUGACAUUAUAUUAGAUACUUUAGUUAAAUAUUGGCGAAUAAGCGUAUUUAUGAUUUAAUAGUUUCAAGAAAUUAAACUUAUUGCGAAUUGGUUUAAAAGCUGAAAAUAUUCCCGGGAACUUUUGUCAACAUUCAGAAACUUCAACAACAAAAAAACAAUGACCGACAGAGCAAUACAUUCACCCAAUCUCCCUUGGUAAAUAAAAUAUGAGCUGUGUUUAUAUGUGCCUAAAAUUCUUUAGAUAGAUCUACAUUCAUUGUAUAGGCAGGCAUAGGAUAUCUUCAUGUAAAGCUGCGAUUACAAAUCAUUAUCACUCUAAGGCAAGGAGUCUAAGAUUAAGACUAAGGGGCCAUCCAUAAAUGGCGUCACACAAAUUUGCCGAUUUUUGACCCCCCUCCCCCAUCGUCACAAAAAUUUUUACCCCCCCCAAAUAUAACCUUACAAAUCUCAGCACCCCCCCCCCCCUAUAAAAAUUCCGUGUCCACAAUGACGUCACACAAAUUUGCCGAUUUUUGUCCCCCCUCCCCCAUCGUCACAAAAAUUUAUACCCCCCCCAAAUAUAACCUUACAAAUCUCAGCACCCCCCCCCCUAUAAAAAUUCCGUGUCCACUACUGUCCUUUAGAAACCCUUGCCUUUAAGGCUUAAGAAAUUCACCUCCCGUGGAUAUCAAAUUAUAGCACCUGUUUGAGAAGCACUUCACUAGAACAUUCAUUGGUCUUGGUUUUUAACCAGGGAUAAAGUACCUCCCCAGCCCAGAGGUGUCGAUGACCAGAAAAUUGUAUUCAGUGGCGUAGCUAGGGGGGUGUGGACCACGCCGGGAUGACACCAUCUCCAGUCUCAAGGGGUGGCACCAAAUUGAAAAAUUGCAUAUUUAUAGAGCACACACUGGUCAGUCUGACCGAAUUUCAUCAAAGGAUAACAGAUGAAACGUAAAUUUUCCACACAUGUAACCAAUCAAAAUAUGUGCUUUAUUAAAAUUUCAAGUUUGAUGCAUCAGCAAUUAGGCUACCUUAUUAUUAGGUCAGAAAUACAACGUUUUGACCAUGUUUCAACGCGAAUUUAGUAUUCAGUAACUUUUGUAAGUGACAGGAAGCUAUAUUUAUCUAAAUUCUGAGAAAUAAAACUAACCUUUGAUAACAAUGGGCAAUUCUAAGUACAAGUUACAGUUCUUAAAAACAUUUACCUCCUGACCUUCAAUUAAUUUAUUUUUGUUCUUGUAUUUGUUAUACUGUGGACAAACUUUAACAAGAAGAAUUACAUCAUGGGAAGGGGGGGGGGGGUGUGACACCACGAGCUUACGAGCUUACCGGACGGGUUGAAAUCAACCCUAGCUGCGCCACUGAUUGUAUUUAGUUCUUAAAAACAUUUACCUCCUGUCCUUCAAUUAAUUUAUUUUUUUUUUUGUAUUUGUUAAACUGUGGACAAACUUUAACAAGAAGAAUUACAUCAUGGGAAGGGGGGGGGGGUGUGACACCACGAGCUUACGAGCUUACCGGACUGGUUGAAAUCAACCCUAGCUGCGCCACUGAUUGUAUUUGCUGUCAUUGGUAGUUGUUGCUGCCUUUUUUAAAAAUAAGUUUUUAUGCAUUUUGAUUAGCAGCAGUAAAUGUUUUUCUAGUGAAUUUUCUUGGGGCAUUGCUUGAAUUGGUAAUUUUUUCCCUUGUUUAUAAAGGGUUAAAUAGAGAAAUAAAACUACGAUAACUAAAUUAUUUAAUUUUUACAAUUUUAUUACAAUAUAAUUUAUAAGGUUGGGAGGCAGGGAGUUUAAAACAAAGUGGGCCUGCAGCGCUGCAAAAAAGUUUAAGAAUCCCUGCCCUACAGCGUUUACUAAGAUACCCCCUCCCCCACCCUGCGGUUAACCUUUUUCAUUCCAUCCCACUUCAUACGGUAGGCCCCCCUAGUCCUAAUUCUAUGACUCCUGUGUCCACAUUUAGUCAUAAAUUCUCACGACUGUUAUUGUAACUACAUGUCAAUUCUCCUCCUUGGUGUCCUGUAUCUUGAUCUGAGGCCGUUUUUCGGACCGCGGAUACCUGUACUGAUUCUAUCAGUUAUAAUAGUUUAUAAAUAAAAUAACAAAAAUUGUUGUAUAAAAGGAUAAUGUUAAAAAUGUCUGUAAUUUAGGGUUCUUAAGUGCAAUUCUGUACUAAAAUAUUCCGACGUCAAAUUGCUUGAGUCCCGCCCCCCGUCACAAAAAUAUGACCACCCCCCCUACCCCAACGUGUGACGUUAUUUGUGGAUGCCCCCUAAUGUCUAGGCCUAUGUUAUGUAAUAGUCAUAGUCCUAUGCCUACACUUACACCUUAUUAACUACACUCUUCUUACACUACACUUAGAUUCGGCAUUUACACACAGACAGUCCUACACCAUACCUGUGGCUCUUUUCUUUAUUGGUUAAUAUAAUAGUCACCAUCCCCUAAAGAAUUUUGUUUUUACCCGAGUUCACACGCCACACAUGACAGCCUUUUUUUUUUUUCACAGACGUUAAUUAUAUCAAUAUAUAAAAUGUGGAGUUGGGGAAGGACGAUUUCAAAAUGGAAGCUGGGCACACCAGAAGCAAAAUAUAUUAUUUAUAAUUGUAAAAUCUUAUUAUUCCAGGGUGGAAAAAUAUCGACCCAAGAAUCUAGAUGAUCUUAUCUCUCACAAGGACAUUAUAAAUACAAGUGAGAUUGAUGUAUAAUGUAAUAUUAACAUUAUUUAUUAUUAUCUAAUGUUUAUUUUUAUUUGGAGUUCAGUAAAUCGCCCCAAAAUGAAAAUAAUUGAUCUAGAUCAUACUAUCUAUAUAUCAUCGGACUGAUUUUAAAAAGCAUUUGCAACUGGAUUCUUUUUGGGGGGAAAGUGGUUGCUUUGUUAUUGCAAGAGUUUAUUGUGCUAUUGAUAUUAACUCUUUUGCUGCUGAAUUCUUUAAAUUAAAAAAUGUACUUUUUUUUCAAUGAGCAAAAAAUAAUGAGAGAUUAGGUUUAUUAAAAAAUAUUUAAAAUAUUAUUGUUUGGUUUAUAAUUAUAAGACUUAAUUUGGUAUCAAAUGAAAGAUAAUUGAAUAGACAAGAAACUUGAAAUGUGAAAAUAUGAUAUGCAAAAUCUUUUUUCCCCAAACACUGAUGUAGGCAUACAUCAUCUUCACUGCUCUAACUCAAAUAAUCUAAAUUUACUACUAUAGGAAUAAUGUGAUGGAUCUAAAUCAACUUCACUAUCAAUAGAAAUAGUAUAAAACAUUUCCAAAGCUUUUUGAGCAAUUAAUAGUCUAAGAAACUUAUUCACCCCACUAGGGCCAAGGGUAGCCCUAGCAACAAUAUUAAUAAGGAAAAAAACAACAAUGCUUCAAAUGACAACAAAUAAACCUUGCUUUCACUCAUAAACAAUGAAUUACCACUCUUCUAUGUAAAAAUCUAAUUAAAAAAUUGCUCUUAAAAACACAGAGAAAUAGCAAAGAAGAAACCAUGAUAUUGAAACAACGCUAUUUGCGUUUGUCCAUGCCUUUUAGCACAGCGGAUGAACGUACUGUGCGUUGAACCCCAGGGAAAGAGUUAACAAGCUGGUAAAUCUCAGUUUCCCAUAAUUUUGCAAGCUCCAUUUAACUGCUGGGGGAGUUUAAAUUAUGACUAAUUGUCAAAAACUUUGUAUGCAUUUUUAGUCAGUAAAUUUGUGUCAGAGGAGAGACUUCCACACCUACUGUUUUAUGGUCCACCUGGUACUGGAAAAACAAGCACCAUACUAGCUGUAGCUAAAAAGAUAUAUGCAAACAAAGAGUUUAACUCCAUGGUACUAGAGGUGAGCCUCUAAACAAUUUUUUUUUAUUAAAUACAUUAAUUUUGUAAAUAUAAAUACAUUAAAAACAAAAUAAUCAACAACCUUUUUAAACUAUGAUAUUAUUGAUAUCAUUUAUAUUUAAAGAAAAAUUAUUGUCUCUCUAGCUGAAUGCUUCAGAUGAUCGUGGAAUUGGGAUUGUCAGAGGUCAGAUCCUAAGCUUCGCAAGUACACGUACCAUUUUCAAGUAAGUUAAAUUUUAAAAUUUUGUUCAUUAGGUUGCAGUAUCCCAAAUAUAAUCGUAAAGUUUAUAUUUACCCCAUGUCCAACAUGAUUGCAUUUUUAUCAAUGAAAGAUGCAAGUCUGAAGUGGUCAUUUUAGUUUGUAACUCAUAAUAUUUUUUAAAAGUUAACUAUGACAAUUAUGUUUAUAAUGUUGAAAAUAGGGUUUAUAAUGUUGAAAAUUAUGUUUUCAUUUUAUUUUUAAAAUUAACUUGAAGGAAAGGUUUUAAGCUUGUCAUCCUUGAUGAAGCUGAUGCCAUGACCAAAGAUGCUCAAAAUGCCUUACGUAGAGGUUGGUGAAAUUUUGAAAAAAUUGAUAGUCAAUUUUGUUUUUUGUUCUCAUUCACAUGCAUGUUGUAUCGUGUAGGCAUGAUAAUAUUAAUUACUCUUGGCUACCAUUGUAGAGUAAUUAGCUUACUGUUAUCAGAACUGUCAAAUAUUUCAUGCUUGAAAUUAAAACAAAAAAAUUGUGAUAAAGUAUCUUUUAUACCCAGCUCUGUGUACCGGUUUUUAAAUACUUUAAAGUAGACAAAGCCUCAUAAAUUAACUGUAAAGAAUGUUUCUUUGAGUGUUUUUUUUUUUGGCAUCCAUCCAUCACAAUUUGACAAUGGUGUAGUAUUCGCAGUAUGAAAUCAUAAGGCCGUGGUUUUUUAUUUUCGGGAGGAUAAGCUGGUUCCCUAGACAGCAAAUCGCCUCUUUCUACGCAUCUGGUGAACCCAAGGAAACAUCAUGUGUGGAUAAUAUGGCUUGGCACCAGUAGUGUCACAAGAGUUCCUGGAAUUUUGUUUAAUUUAAUGUCAUACCACCUAUGGAACUUAAUCUCCGAGUUUGAUUUCAUAGUUUUUAUUCUUUUAGAUGAGUUGCCAUUCAAGGUUAAAAAGUUUAGAAUUGACACGAUUUAGACUGCGCAGUUAUACGGCCACCAUAUUUAUUAUUUACCAUUAAUAUUUGAACCAUUUUUACGUGCUUCCUACAAAGUAUUAUUUUGUGUGGGUUUUAUUUUUUUCUAGUGAUUGAAAAGUUUACAGAAAAUACACGUUUUUGUAUCAUCUGCAAUUACUUGUCAAAGAUCAUACCUGCAUUGCAGUCUCGGUGCACCAGGUUUCGGUUCGGACCUUUAAAACAGGAACAAAUGGUCCCACGCUUGGAAUAUGUCAUAGCCCAAGAAAGGUUAGAUUUAAGAAUACAAUUAUUUUAAACGGAAAACAAAAUCAAAAUUUACUUGCAAUUUCUUUAGAUUUUACAUUACCAGUAAUUCUUUUCAUACAUGUUAUGAUUAUCAAUGUUUUAUUUAUGCUAUAUCUUAUAAAUCUUAAAUAUUUUUUAUGGUGACAAAAUAAUUUAACAAAUAUAAUUUUUCAGUGUUAAAGUUACUGAAUCUGGCAUGAAAGCUCUGGUGACACUGGCUAAUGGAGAUAUGCGAAAGGCUCUUAACAUCCUUCAAAGCACAUCAAUGGCAUUUGAUGAAGUCACAGAAGAUAAUGUUUAUACAUGUGUUGGACAUCCCUUAAGGAAAGAUAUAGAGAACAUAGUAAACUGGGUCCUGAAUGAAAACUUCACAACAGCAUACAACAGUAUCCUUAACUGAUUAAAUCACUUAAUGACCACCAAAGCAUACCUGAACAUUGCAGAAAGUUUUAUCGCAGUCCAACCGUUUUGUACUAAGAAAUCAUUAUAAAUAAUUUUGAAAGCAUAGUUCUUUUUAUUAGCUCUCAUUAAUAGUUUAUUACUUUAAAUAAUUAUCAAAUUGGUGAUAGCUGAUCCACCAUUCUUUAAAUGUUUUUUUUGUGUGUUUGCCCCACUUUAAUAGUUUGUAAUAAGAAUUAAAUCUGCUGAAUAUUCUUGUGUUCCAUUAUUUUUCCCUUUAUCACUUUAACUCCAAAAAAGACACAAUGGCUCUGAAAACUCAAAAAGGACUUGCUCUCAGUGAUAUAUUGACAGAAAUCCACAAUUACAUACAUAGGGGUAAGGCCUCAUUCGGUAGUCUUAGAGUAUUUGUACAUUUAACAUUGUAAUUAAUGAAUUAAUGUGUAAUUAUUUAUUACUGAAUCUGCUUAAGUUCAUUUUUGAAGUUUUUUAAUAUAUAUUUGAAAAUUGUGUAUUACAGAUUUAACAAGAGAUUUAAAAUGAUUUUUUUAAAAAAAAAAACAUUCUUUAAAAUCUUUUUAAGAUAUAUGCUGUUAGCUCAACAAAUUAGUCACACUUUUGUUAAAUGUAUUUUUUCUGAACAAAUGCAUUAUAAUUUCUUUUUUUUAAAAUUAUGGUUAAAAAGUAACAUACUUUAAACUUUCUUUAGUUGAUCUGCCACUUCAUGUUAGGAUGCAGCUGCUGGAGAAAAUGGCUGAUGUAGAGUGAGUUUCCUUCUCCCAGUUACAUUUGUAUAAUUUUGAAAUUAUUACACCUGAAUGUUAUUGUUGCUAAUUGAUUGGUUACUCAUUUCUGUUGUUUUAAAUGAACACUUUGGAAAUAAGAUUUUAUUGUUAAAACGUGGAUCCAUGAUCAUUUACUUUGAGAUAUGUUUAUACCUAUAUAUUAGAGUUUUAUUAUGCUUUCUCUUAGUUAUUUAAUUGUAUAUUCAGGUCAUUGAAAUAAUGUCAUACUUCUUUCAAUUAAAUUUUUUCCCAUAUUAUUUUGAAAAGGUUAAAUGAUUUUGCUUAAGUCAUUUGGAUGGAGCAGCUAUUACGGCUUUGCAUAAGUUUAUUUAUCAAUUCUAAAAUGGUAUAAUAUUUUACAGAUAUCGUUUGGCAUCAGGAACAAGUGAAAAGAUCCAGCUUUCUUCACUUAUUGCUGCUUUUCAAAUAGCCAGAGAUUUAUUGGCUAAAGAAGCCAAGUGAUACACACAUAAUAUGAGUCACCUUGCAUUUAAGUUCAGAAUUAUUAAACUUAUUUGGGACAAUUAUUUCUUGUUUUUUUUUUUCAAAUUGUUUAAUGAAUAAAUUGAAUUAAAAA